AGCCCACGACAAGCCUGAGGGCGAGGCAGCGGCGCCCCGUGGAGCCGCGACCGCCUGGGCAGAGUUUUCAGCCUCUUCUUCAAGUUUUUCACCGUGAAUUGUAGCAUAUCAAACUGUACAAGGUGUCCUAGUUGAAGCUUUGCCAAUUGAAAAAUUGGAGAUUUCUAGACUACUGAGAAGGAAGGUGCAGUCAGUGCUGGAGAUGUGACUACAGAAGCUCCCAUGUCAGGCCUUGUAGACCAUAUUGAGAAAAUGACUGUGAUGUUGGAAGAUCAUUACUUUUGGAAGGCCUGCUAACACCCAUUUCCUAAGAGAGAUUUGACCACCAUUUGCUCUGGCAUGGCGCAAAGCACUCCACAGCUUGAUAUUCAGGUUCUCCAUGAUCUUCGACAGCGUUUUCCUGAAAUUCCAGAGGGUGUGGUAUCUCAGUGCAUGUUACAGAAUAACAACAAUCUUGAAGCCUGUUGCCGAGCCCUUUCCCAGGAGAGUAGCAAAUACUUGUAUAUGGAAUACCAUAGUCCAGAAGACAAUAGGAUGAAUAGAAAUCGCCUUUUGCAUAUUAACCUGGGUAUCCAUUCUCCUGGCAGCUACCACCCAGGAGAAGGAGCUCACCUUAAUGGUGGUCGAACACUGGUACAUAGUUCAAGUGAUGGGCAUAUUGACCCACAGCAUACAGGAGGUAAACAGCUGAUAUGUUUAGUUCAGGAACCGCACUCAGCACCAGCUGUUGUGGCUGCUACUCCCAACUAUAAUCCAUUUUUUAUGAAUGAACAGAACAGAAGUGCAGCUACUCCUUCUUCACAGCCACCUCAGCAGCCAUCUUCCAUGCAAACAGGAAUGAAUCCAUCUGCUAUGCAAGGGCCUUCCCCACCACCUCCAUCUUACAUGCACAUACCUCGGUAUAGUACAAAUCCAAUUACUGUUACAGUGUCCCAAAAUCUCCCUUCUGGACAGACUGUACCAAGAGCUUUACAGAUUCUUCCACAAAUUCCAAGCAAUCUCUAUGGGUCUCCUGGUUCUAUUUAUAUUAGACAGACAUCUCAGAGCUCAUCAGGAAGACAAACUCCUCAGAGUACACCAUGGCAGUCCUCACCACAGGGCCCAGUGCCUCAUUAUAGCCAACGUCCUUUGCCUGUUUAUCCACAUCAACAGAACUAUCAACCUUCUCAGUAUUCUCCCAAACAACAGCAGAUGCCUCAAUCAGCUUACCAUUCACCACCACCUUCUCAGUGUCCUUCACCCUUCAGCUCUCCACAGCAUCAAGUUCAACCUUCCCAGCUGGGCCAUCCGAGCUCUCAUGUGUUUAUGCCACCUAGCCCUUCAACUACUCCACCCCAUCUGUAUCAACAAGGACCUCCUAGUUAUCAGAAACAGGGAAGCCAUUCAGUAGCCUAUCUCCCAUACCCAGCAUCUAGCUUACCCAAAGGUUCCAUGAAGAAGAUAGAAAUUACAGUUGAACCUACUCAAAGACCUGGGACAGCAAUAACUAGAAGUCCUUCACCCAUCAGUAACCAACCAUCUCCACGGAAUCAGCACUCACUGUAUACAGCCACCACGCCACCUUCAAGUUCUCCUUCAAGAGGGAUAUCUAGUCAACCAAAACCUCCAUUUAGUGUUAAUCCUGUGUUUAUUACAUAUACACAGCCAACUGGACCGUCAUGUGCUCCAUCACCAUCUCCUCGGGUGAUACCAAACCCAACUACAGUUUUUAAAAUUACUGUAGGCCGAGCAACAACUGAAAAUCUUUUAAAUUUAGUGGACCAAGAAGAGCGCUCUGCAGCACCAGAACCUAUUCAGCCCAUUUCCGUGAUACCAGGCUCUGGGGGAGAAAAGGGAAGCCAUAAGUAUCAAAGGAGUUCUAGUUCUGGAUCAGAUGACUAUGCCUAUACACAAGCCUUGCUGUUACAUCAGCGAGCAAGGAUGGAGAGGUUAGCAAAGCAAUUGAAACAUGAAAAAGAGGAACUAGAGCGGUUGAAGGCUGAAGUUAACAGUAUGGAGCAUGACCUGAUGCAGAGACGGCUCAGAAGGGUCAGCUGUACUACUGCAAUCCCCACGCCUGAGGAAAUGACGAGAUUGAGAAGCAUGAACAGACAACUCCAGAUAAAUGUUGACUGUACACUGAAAGAAGUUGACCUCCUUCAAUCUAGAGGAAACUUUGAUCCAAAAGCCAUGAAUAAUUUUUAUGACCACAUAGAACCUGGCCCAGUUGUACCACCAAAACCAUCUAAAAAAGACUCCUCAGACCCCUGCACAGUUGAGAGAAAAGCCCGAAGAAUUAGCGUGACCUCCAAAGUACAGGCAGAUGUCCAUGAAACCCAGGCAGCAGCUGCAGAUGCGCAUCUAAGUGGCUCUAAACAGAACCCUCGUGUACAACCCCGAGAUGAAGAUUAUGAAGGGGCUCCCUGGAAUUGUGACAGCUGUACCUUUCUCAACCACCCAGCACUGAAUCGCUGUGAGCAGUGUGAGAUGCCACGGUACACUUGAGUUCAAAAAGAGUUGGCAUCAGGAUGAGAGUGCAACUUUGAGCACCCACCAGAAGAAAAGAAAACCUCGGGAACGUGUUCAUCUGCCCAGCCUUUUAUUUCUGAUUGUACAGGGGGGAAGGAGAAGGAAGGGCACUGUGGCCACUAGGCUCACAAAAGGAAAAAUGGCGGCGAGGUCUUUUCUUUUUUUCCUUUCGUAACUCAUUGCAGAGUGAGAAGUAGAAGGGGAUACUUGAAACUGGGAAAGGAUUCACUCCUGAUAAGAAUGUACACAAAGUUAAGGGCUCUUCUGUGGAAUCCCAGUUGUUAAAAGUUACUGCUGAGUGGCUCUUCUUUUUUUAAAGGGGAAGUUUGAAUCAUAGUAGAAAAUGUUUUUUACAGUUUAUGCAAACAAACUGUGAAUUUCAGAGUAGACUUACAUGGUCACAGAUCUCUGGAAAGCUAAGGCUCCCUGCGCUUCUUCCUACUACUUCUUAUAAAGAGGACGAGGACAAGCGCCUAGGAUGUGGUAUAUUUCCUUCCUUCCUUAAUUUCUUUCUUUCUUUCUUUUUUUUUUUUUUGCAAAAUAAUGAGGGUAUUUGUAAUUGCUGCUUUUUCAGGGGUAAUUUCAAACACACACGCAAACAAGCUAUUUUUUUUUUAAAUGUGACUUGUAGCAGUAGGUAUAUCAUGCCCUUUGGGGGAAGGUACAAUCAGAGGUAUUAAGAUCCCUUUGGCUUGUACAAUGAUUCAUCAAGCUACAUCAACACUGGUAACUAAGACAUACUAAUGCCACAUAAGAUAAAGACUCUUAAGUUAUUGUAUACUUUUCUUAGGCUAUUGAUUUUGAAAAUAAAGUAUGACUUUAUAAAAUGACAUUCUCAUAAAACUGUGUUUUGCCAAUAGCACAGUGAAUGUAUGCCAAAUGUAAGUCCAUUCCAAACUCCAUUUGGAAAUCCUGAGCUCAGCUGUGGUUCUUAAGGAAUGUUUGCAGUCCAUAGGGCCUUUAUCCUCCUUCCAAGUUCGUGAUGAAUUCAUGAUGUUUACAGCACAGAUAAUACUUUGUGCCAUAAUCCUGUUAGCUGAAAAAUCAUCAAGAUGAGGUGUUCUGUGAAGAUUUAUUUGCACAUUUAUUAAUCAGCCAAUUUGAGAGAAAUUAGAUUUCGCCAACAUCAUAAAUUAACAUUAUUUGAGGAAGAAGAGGGAGCCAGUCAAGAAAUGCUGUCAGCUGGGGCGAUAGCUCAGUGGAAGAGCACUAUCCUAGCAUGCGCAAAGACCUUGAUUUAAAAAGAAACAGAAGUAGAUAUUAAAAGAAUAGUGAAUACAGGGAAUCUUGAAACAACUUUUUUAAGUUUAAAAUCUUUCAGAGAUCCUAUUGAAUUCUGGCAGUUCAUAAAGCACUACUUACAAAACAGAACUUUGGGUGUAGAUAAACUGAAGAAGAUAUAAGUCAUGUCAGUGUCACCAGUGUGCACCACUGGCCAAUUAACAAUAGCACAUUCGAGUAACUCCUCUGCCAUUGUUGAAGUCCCUUCUUGGCUUAGAAUUGGAAUUUGGAAUGUCCCCAUUUUGGUGAAUAUAAAUAGCAAUCAAGUUGGUAGGAUUUACCAUCCUGGGUGAUUUUAACCUGAGGCUGUAACCUUAGGAGUACUAGGAGCCCCCUGUAUAAUACACAACCUACUCCCUUCUGCUGUCGUUGUAUUCUAACUUAGCGAUGAUCUCUGGCAGAUCUGGAGAACAAAACAAGCUGCACUUAAUAGCAUAAUGAAACCAAAGGCAUAAAAUUCUUAGUUUUCCAUCUGAAUCAUAACCUCACACAAUGCCUCCAGCUUUCAUAUGUGGAAGCCUCCCCCCCCCAAAAAAAAAGUACUCACUUCCCAAAGUAAGAGCAUGGUUGUGUAAUGACACUGGUAAACACCUCUCAUACAACAACUGGCAAAAUUUGGGAAAUAAUGAUGAGAAAGAAGAUAGGCACAAAAGUGUGGACUUGGAAAGGAUAGUCUUCAAAGACUUGGAACACUGGUCUCUUGUCUUCAUUAGCAGUCUAGCAGUCCUGUUCUGUAAGAUGCUUUUGCUUUUGUGUGGUUUCAUAUUUUCUUAUUGAUGGGCAACCCCAUUUUGUGUUACCAAACAAGUUCAGGGGAAAUACAUAUAUAUACUACUUGGUGUUCCAGCUAAAAGGUCUACCAAUAUUCAUAGUGAUGCACUGAAAUGCCAGUAAUGAACCUGGCAGUUGUCAGUUGAAAAUGAGAGUAGCAUGUCUGAAAAGUCUGAUGCUUUAUUAAAACCAUGUAGGUGAUGUCAAAACUAUUGCAUGAAAAUACAUCAAGGUUAAUAAGCUGCUAUCAUAUGGUAGAUGCAUGGUUCAGUCCUUUGAUGAUAUAUCUAGUCAAUCAUUGCUUUCACCUGCCAGGAAAAAUGAAUAGUCAAUUUACUAGGUAUGGAAGGUGGAGGAUGAGACAGCAGAGGUUGACUUGAAGGAAGAAUUGUAUACAUUAGGUUUCAUCAUGCACAAGUAUCAUACACAGGCUGUAUUCUAUUCUAAAACUGAGCAAAAUAAGUUGACACUGAUAAAACUUGAUAUAUUUAACUGUGUCCCAUAGACUGCUUGCCUAUGACCAGUUUGAGUAAGAAGUUAUCCAACUUUCCAGAUGCCUUUUUCAAAAUGGUCUCAUCAGAUUGGUGUGCAUAAGCAGUGGGCAUAUAAGCAGUGGGGUGUGACUUGGGUGCCGUCUGGCUAUGGAGUUACCUAUGCCCUUCGGAUCAGUUGGCGCACUCCUUGUUUCUUGUAAGAGGCUUUCUAUCUUUAAAAUACUUGUUUGAUGUAUCUGAUAAUGUACAAUGUAAUCAGGUCUACAUUAUUUGACUGUUUUGUAAACUGGGUUUUUAGAAAGCAUGUUUGCCAUUGUGUUAAAAGAAUUUUGCCCCUUAUAAUUUGAAGUUUUUAAAAUGUUUAAAGUGGUAAUAGAGGAGCCAGAAAUUUAAGCAUUGUAAAAUGUUUUGACUUGAUAUUGACCUAGCUUGGGAGAAAGUAGAGGCAGGGAAGAUAUUAAACAAAAGAAGUGCACUGUACAAAUGUAGUUUUAGAGCAGAUUAAUGAUGGUGGAGGAAAGUGUUGCUAAUUUGUUUAUUUCCCGGGAAGCAAUGGGAAGUGUGAUACACAGUUUAAUUUUUAAGGAGCUGGUCUCAAUUUUAGUACUUUCUAAUUAUAAAAGAAAUCAGUUUCUUUAAAUUUUGUCAUGGUUUUGUCACAAUUAUCUAGGGUUCAUAUCCAACUUUCUGUGACAACCCAAUUUUAUAUAGUCUUUUAAAAGGUAAUUGUAAUGUCUUUCUGACAGUAUAAACAGAAAGCAAGAAUGUAAGCAUAGAAAAAAUUGUCCUUUAGAAAUAUCAAUGAUGUAUCCUGGAAUGUGAAGAUGUCCCUUUAUGAUUACAAAUUGAAUUAUUUUAAUAUUGUAUCAUUGUUAGACCUUGAAUGACUCCAUGUUACAGUGUGUGUCUGUAUAUUUGUAGAGAAAGGAAAAUGACAAUUGAAAUGUUACUUUAAAAACUCAGAAUUGGGCACUGCCUGUGUUGCACCACUACUGUAUCUUUUUGAAAGAAUUAACAGUAUUUUCCUAUUGUGAAAGUUAAUUCUGAUAUUGUUUCACAUUCACCAGACAUUUUUUUCUGUAUUAUUUGCAUCCCGAAGUAUUUAAUACAAGUAGAUUUUGCAUGGCUUGGGCAUUCAGAGAUUAAUAGAAUGAUGGCUCAAUUUUAGUUUCUAAAGCCAUGAAAAGUUGCUUUGAGACUGAACAAUUCUGAGUUCUUAUUUAUAACAACACCCAUUGUCCAUGUUUCUUUCCCUGUUGUAAAAGAAUUGAUCAGUUUCUUCAUUAAAGCAGCAAGAACUUAUUAAACCUUGUACAUAUCAUGUCUCUUAGAUUUCUGUGUAUGCUGUGAAUGAAAUUAUUUUGAGAUGAACUUGUACAAAGGCAUUUUAAAAGGCUAUGCAUGCAUCGUACCUCCAAGCAGUACAUAUUCAGAAAGUCAAAGGUUUCUGCAAAAUAAAUUAAUAAACUAAAAGCAAACACUA